CUCCACUCAACCAGCUCCUGUUGUGGCUCUGAUCAAGUGGUGUUGUUUUUGGUUUUUAGAUAACUGAUGGUGAUUUUUUGCGCCGUGAGGGUUCGCUAUAUUGAUUUUACUGGGAGAGUGACUGAUCUGGGAAAGUGAAGGUGCCGAGGCAGGCGCUGGAGGGGUUCAGGUCUCGCCCCCGCCCACACCUUCUGCACGUCAACCCGUCCACUGCUACACACUCGCUGCUUCCUCUUGCCUGCCACUACCCCACUUGCCUCAAACAGCAAAAUAUUCCAGCCCUCGUCAGUAGUUAUGAUGCUGAAUUUCUAGAGUACCGUUGUGUCUGUGUCAACAUCAUCCUUCCUCGUCGCCCAGUCCCUGGCGGCGGGCACCACAGGUAUCCUCGUGCCCCACACACCACACCACACUCCAUACUUCCUCGCCAUUACUUAAAGAUACGGUGAGCGCGUCAGGCCCUCAACCCAAGGAGUUCUUCCACCACCAGUGGUCAGGGGGUGGGCGGGGGCAGCGAUUAUGGGGGGUGGGGCUAGUGGAGGCCACGCCCACCUGCAGGUAGGCGCGGAGGAACCCCCCACGCCCACUCACGCCCACAGAAUGCACGACAAUAAAGUAUAGGUGAACCGUGCAAGAGAUCUUCCAGCUGAUUAGCGAUGUCUUCUGAACGGAAGUCAGCACGGAGUGGUGUGCGGGAGGGGGCAGGCAACUCUGUGCCCCAGCAUUACCCUGCACAUUUCUACCCAAUGGUGGGCUACCAGGGGCCCCCACAGCCAUGGUUCCCCGCUUCUGGAACCCCCAACCCGUGGUCCUGGAACCCCCCCAUAGGCUACCCGGCGCCCACCCCGGCCUGGUCCACCCACCAGCCUGCCUCCACCAUGACUACAACCAACAGCACGGCGGCUGUUCCCUCCGACGAGUACACCGUCGACACCUUGAGACGGAUUUACAACGACGACGACGGGCGAGUAGAGAUCCAGAGAGUAAAGGUCCAGCGACGCCACCCGGAGACAGGAACCAUCACUUUCCCUACGGGUCCUGAAGCUAUGAGUGUGGUCCCCGUCGGCAGUUUCGCUCUCAAUGAACGACGACCACCGCCAAGAAAAAACCGACGGAAACAGCAGAUGGAAGUCAUGGCAGUAACACCCGGACAGCCGGGACCCUACCCAUGGUACCCGUACAUGCCUUGCGUGCCCUACCCGUACCCAUAUCCGUAUUAUAUGAGCGGGUGUAUGUGGCCUCCGGGUGUGCCUGCCGCGUCGACGACUUCUUGGAGUGGGCAUGAGGAGAGUGAAAGAACGUCUUCCCGGCAGGACUCGCUCCCCACCACAUUGGACUCUCAACGCCUCGAGUCUCGCAUCUCUCACCCGUCCCGGGAAUCCAUCUCGCCUGUGUCACAUCGGUCCCCGUCCCCGGCUGCCGCCUCUCACCUCACAGAUAUCCACAGCAUCGCUCCCUCGGACAGCGUCUCGGUGCGUGGCCACAAAAGAGAAACAUCCUUGGAGCGAGCACUAAGGGGGCCCACACCUCCUCCCCGCACCAAGAGUCGAGCGUCCUCAGACUCCAGAGCAAGUGAUAUCGGGAAGACGCAGGAGUGGAUAUUAGGGAUGCAUAACGUACUGGGCGUCCCUGUCGACAGGAUCUCAGACGUCACAGACAAAUCGUCUUUCAUGACUGCUCCUUCAGACAUAGUUAUUUACAAAAAAAUACCUCCCAAGAGAAAACGUCGAAAAGUCAAGAUUGAGAGUAUAAGUGACAAAGAUUCUCUUGCUGAUCCGAAAGAACUGGAUAAUACAAGUGAUAGACAAAGUGUUGUGUCUGACAUGACGUUUGAUGAAUCUUCAAGAUUAAGUUCAGAAUUGACUUAUGCGUUCCGGAAAUUAGAAAAAUCAGUAGACGUUUUCAAGACAAAAUUGUCAGUAGAUUCUACACCAGUGCACAGCUCUGCCCCUUCUCCAUCGAUAGACAUUAUUCAUUCCAGUGGUGACGUGACACCAACAGAGGAAGUCAUGCAUGUGUCGCCUUCUGACAUCAACAUACUCGUGGAAGAGUCUGAUAAACAAGAAGCUAACCAGCAUGAUACUUCAGCCUCCUUGGAACGUGGAUUUUCCCCGGGAUCUGUCUGCUCUCUUCCUGCUCUUGAAACUGCUAAGGCAGACUCGACAGUAGAUAUAUCUGCUCUGCGAGCGUUGAUGGAAACCCCAGUCAUUAAACCUUCACCUCUACCACCUCAGAAUCAUCAGGACCCUCCUGUUUCUCAGUCCAGUUCUAUCACUGCAUUUAUGCCAGAAACUGGUCCUCCUCCUUCCACGUCGAGUAUAAAUGCCUCGACGGUACCAACAGCAACAAGCACCACUGAGGUCACUCUUGCUGGUUCUGAACCAGGGAGUGCCACAGUAACCUUGCAGACAACAACAGCACCAACUGAUGUAACAUCAAACGUUGCACGACCAUCAGAGGUCACCCUCUCACCUUCAUCCACAACGGAAGUAACCAUACAAUCUGCAUUAAAGUCAGAAGCAACAACUCUGCAGCCUGUGCAGGUCCUGUUAUUCACUCAACCUAUAACAGUGACAUCGCCUUUGCCUAGCCAGCCUUCAGCGGUGUCAGAUUCUAGUAGUCCUCCUGUCGCCGUGGCAGAAACAGCUCUACCAGCAGCAACCGCUCCUGCAGCGAAGGGCGAAACAGUCAGCGAAGGUGGACGUGACUCGAGGGCCAGCGGCAGCACUUUCUUCUCGACGCGGCCUUCUGAGGACCCGGUGCUUGUGGACACGGACUCCACAGACAUCCUGCUGCCCACCACAGAUGCCACCACCGCAGAUGAGGGCGAAGAUCACAUGGACUCUACAGGAGUGAGUCCUGGACUUGACGACGAAGGGGACUAUAAGUGGGUGCUGCAGCAGCCUGGAGAGACGCCGGACCUGGCCUCCACCAAUCCAGCACGGGAGGACGAGCGACGCAACGCCUGGCGAGCCGAAGUUAGCCUGUGGCGCGCGCGGUUGGUGGUGUCGCUGUGUCGAGGACGUGGUCUGGACCGCCAAGACUGGUCCACCUUCCAUCUGUUGGUCCACCACCCCCUCACCCUCGACCUGAAGCUCUCCCUCCUGCACGCCCCCCGCCUCUGUGCCGCCAACACCUCGACGGGGGCGGCGCUGGUACGCGUGGCGCUCAUCCACCUGGCGCAGUACGGAGAGACGCUGCUACAGCCAGAGGGGUCCAGGCAACAUGGCUGGCGAUCCGUCAAGGUUGACCCCAACCAACCCUGGGCAUCCGUCAAGGGUGCCGUGGAGGUACUUCGGGCCCUCGGGUACCAGGAGCGGGAGGACGGCGGAGUGCUGAGGUAUCCACGCCGCUCGGGCAUCGAAGUAUCGGUGCUGGCGCGUCUCACACUCGAUAUGUUGGUGUUGGCCGAAGAGCUUCGCCUAUAUCUCACCGGAACCCAUCAGUAUCCGGUCAACAUUGCAGAAUUAUUCUUCCCUGCGUCAUCAUCCACGGCCCCGUUUGUUGAUAUCCCGGUGCGGCCACCUUCGUCAGAGGGCAGUUUUGUAUCAGCGCACUCAGAGACGUCUCUCCACCUCAGACCGAGCAGCAGAACGUCAUCUGUUACAGACGAUGACACAGAGACAUUGCAGGCAUCUGUCAGACUCAUCAAGAAUCACACAAAGAAAAUCCGGCGUAGUUCCACAUCGGAGGAAGAAGUGACCUUAAAAGAUGACGUUGAAAAUAAAAUUCAGAUCAAAGUACAGACUUCAGAGACCACGACGAGCGUACAAGAACACUCCAGAGAAGUUCCUCCGGUAAUAGCAGAAACGUCAUCCGGUAGUACAGAGCCACAAAAUCUGGGCUCCACAGUAUCCUUGCCCGUGGCUCAGGAUUACAGAUUAUCCACCAGCACAAAUAUGUCCAGUUUGCCGGACUUACAGUCUAUCCAUUCGAGCUCUACUUCUCAGAAGAGCCCACGCCAGAGUAGCUCUGCAACAUCUGGCAGCACCGAGACUGUCAUCACUCCUGUUCCGACUCCAGUACCUGUACCAGAAGCCACCACAGACAACCCAGAGGAACACAUAUAUGAAGAAAUCGACGUGAUACGAGCGCAAGUCCAGGCUCUCAGAGCUUCCAGUGUCCCCGUGGAAACUCCGCCACCUCCACUUCCCCCGAAAAAGAAAGUUAGUUCGGGGGGUGAGGAUGACUCUGGGUUAAGUUUAACAUAUCCUCAGGUGGAGUGGUCGUCUUCCUCCAUGCCCGGCUCGUUGCGUGGUGGGUCGACUGGCGCCAGGAGGAAGAAGCGCCGUGCCCCUAUGCCCCCAGAAUUUAUGCCCACGGAUUGGAAAAACUAUCAAAACAAAUCACCAGAUAGUCCCGAGCAGGAAACCGAGGCACAAGAAGCCAAAGAGAGGAAGAACAAAGCAGAGUACCGAAAAUCUCUCAAUCCGUUCUACGAAGACAUUGAAUCUGUAAAAGAAAAUGCGAAGGAGCGUAACAACACGUUAAAUAAAGAAACUGAAAUCAGUUCACUCAGUAAAGGCGUAGAAAGCAAUCCUUUCAUCGUAGACAAAGUUUCAGUAGCUGGAUUUGUUGGAAAGAAUCCUUUUUACGAAGACGUUGAGCUGCUGAAAGACACGAACGAAUUUAAAGAAUCUCUACCCUUUCCUAACCUUGACGGGGCGAUGUGUGCCAUGGGCUCGCUCUCAGAGCUCCAGGACAAUUCUACGGUCACACGGCCUAAGCGUCGAGCCCCCAAGCCACCUCCUACUCUACACACAGACACACAUUCCUCCACAACAGAGUCAUCAACUCACUCACAACCAACCAAACUUGUACCACCCAAGAGGCCACCCACCCCUAUAUUUCUCAAACAAACAUUACCAACAAUUGGAACUCAGGAUACAGAAAACAAAAAAGUUAUUGCCUCUGAAAACAUCCAACAAAUCCCAAGUGAAGCGGACAUGACUGAGAAACCUCACAACUCAUCUACUCAAGCUGUUGAGGCGUCAACCGAGGUUAGUGUCAAAGUACCGCCAACGGUUGGCGAUGAAGAGGCAAUCAGUGUUCCAAAGAAAUGUGAAGUCAUUACUGCUGUUAGCGCCAAUGAGGCAAGCCAACAUGUGUCUCUGGGUGUAGUGGGUAAAGUCAAAGCAGACUCUUUGACACUACCUUCUGAACAAAGUGACUUCGACAAAGUGACAGAGCAAACUUCUGAGCAAAGUUCUGAGCAACACGUAGAAAAUCAUCCUGUACAUCACGUUAAUAAAUGUGCCGAAGAACGCUCUAGCGAUAGCAUAUUGAGAGACUCAUCCAAUCCUCAUGUCUACAAAGACGACCUCCAAGCCAACAAGACGGAAGAAGCUAUACCCAGUGUCACUAAAGCAACCCAUCAAAGAGUCUCUCUCCAGCACCCAAAGAUUCCACCGCCACCGCCACCACCACCACCACCACCACCACCUAAGGUAGCAGGUUUUGGCGUGAGCACAGAAACACCCAAAGAGCCUACAAUAGAUCGGUCUUCACCACCACCACUGCUCCCACCUAAGGUUUCUCUGUCUCUCUUGGACGAUAUUCCUUACAUGGACGCUGGAGAAGUGAAAUAUGCCAAGACCAAACACACGCCCACAACCCCGCAGUCACCCCAGUAUGAAAUCCCAGAAGCUCCCACGCUCUCCCCGGCGACCAUGCGGCAGUCCUUACUAUUAAGAGGAGCAUGUAAUGUCCCGUUUAUAGAUGAGUCUGAUCUCCCUCCCGACAGUCCUCCUCCACCCCCACCUUGUCCUCCACCUGAGUCCCCACCGGAGACUUCGCACACCUCUCCACCAGAGACACCUCACACUUCUCCGCCAGAAACACCUCACACUUCCCCUCCUCACACGCCUCAUACAUCCCCACGAUCCUCACCCAUCACCAUCAAGCCAUCUACUGUCAUCACGCAGUCCGUCCACACUGCUGACGCUCGUAAAAUUGACAAUAGUAUAGAAGAUACUACAGAUAAAGCACCACCGAUGCCGCCUAAAACAUCCCAACUUGCUCCAUCGGCGCCGACAAAAGAUCCUCACUCAGCAUCACCUGUGACGCAGUUACCAGCGUCAACACAGCCGGUCGCUGUACAAUUUCCACCGUCCAUAUCCCCUGAGAUUUCCCAAUCCCCACCAUUACUGCCGCCCAAGACCACAGUUCAGGCAACGUUACUAGCGCCGUCAGAGACUUCGGCAUCAGUCACCCAUGAACUGGCUUCAAAGAAACACUCAAUACAGAGAUCGACAUCGGACGACAGAUACGAAAUCCCCGACACGUCCCGCGCCCCUCCCACACGACCACCUCCACCGACGGCGCAGAGCACGAAGGUACCCAAGCCUUACACCGCAGCUUCAGAAGUUGACAGGUACGAGGUUCCUGAAGCCCCCAAGGAAAAUAAGGUGCUAAAGAGAGCGGAAACCGAAGAGAGAUAUGAGAUCCCAGAGAUGGUGAAGGAGACGGCUCUGCCUACUGGACCUAACGGCAUGCCGUGCAUAGUGGUGAUGGGGCGGACCAGUUCGACAAAGAGAAGGGAACUAGAGGCAGUAUUUGGGCCACCGAAGCCUCCUCGUCGACGAAGAAGCAGCCACCCUCCUCCCCCAAGACCGCCCAAGACCGUCACCCUCGUCGACGGUGCACGUCAGACGUUAAAAACAGGAGUGGCAGCACGACCUCCCUCCACGACCUCCUCCUUCAGCACGACGUCAGGAGGCACCAGCUCCUCUCUGACGACAACGCCGCCGAAGCCUGUGGAAUGUAAAGCGAGAAGUAAUAUGAAAACUCGGCGCUCCUGGCCCUUACUUUUCUGUGAUUGCAUGUACGCCAAUUGUCGCACCUACGAUGACACAGAUAUGAAAUGAGAUCAAGCAUUACGUAUGAUCUGAGAUUUUUUAAAUGAAAUGAAGCGUGGAUAUGUUGAUCUAAGGUUUGUGAUGGUCACAUGUGACUCUUGGUUAUUGUGUUUUGGUCCAGGAAUAUUUCUAAAGAGACUUUGUAACUCGUGACAUGCACUAUUCUGUUGCUUUAACAGGAUUUGUCAGUGAUGGAUACACAAACUUUGAAAUUACAGGUGUUGGUAAGAGUUGCUACAGUCCAAGAGUAUUUGUGUUUUUGUGGCAAUUGUGUACAUUAAACCACCUCAUUUGUAUUGUGAAUGAUGUUUAUUGUAAUAUGCAAAAUAUACAAUUUACAACAAAAUAUUUGUAAGUUAUCACUGAGGAGGAAAUAUAGGCACACUUUAUUCGUCUCAGUGUUUUCUUGUGUUGAACGAGGUAACUUGUUAAGAUGUGUCACGUGACUGAAACGAGGUAAUUAAUUAAGUCGUUAAGACGUGUCAUUCGUGACAGUUGAGCGAGCUAACUCGUUAAAUGUAUCACGUGACAACUAUCACCAAAACAUCUAGAGGAAAUAUAUUUUCAAUAUUUUAUAUAACAUUACUUAUAAUGAAAGAUAAAUUAUUACGAGUAAUUCAUCCGUAGCCUCAUACAAUGACCCAACAACUAUAUAUGCAAAUCCAUUUGAAUAUUUGAACUCAACUGUCCCUAGCGAGCACUUUUAAUUUGCUGUAGUGUUAUUGUUACAUCUGUGAUGCCUAAGUGAUUACCCUCACCCCCGUAGGUUAUGUGUAGGUCAAAAUGGUAUUAUAACCUAUCCUCCAGAAAAGUACAUAUGGUAACUGUGGAGCAUAUGUACAAAUAGUGCUCCGUGGAGCGCAAAAACCAAACCUAACUCUUAUUAGGGUUGGAAUAGUACAUAGAAAAUGUACAUUAACCCUAAUAUGGGUUAGUAGCCUAAUAUGUACAUUAACCCUUAAUUAUAGCAGGCCUAGGAGAGGUCAGGUUAGGUUGUUGGUUACGUGGUUGUAUUUUUCUACUACAAUAUUGGGUGGUAGAUAAUGACAAGCGAUACACCCAACUGUCAGAAAAUGUAGACGGUUAUGGCUUCCAGAAGCCUCGUCAAGGCAAAAUCAAUCCCUUGUUACAGGUUACCACUGUUAUUAUACACUGAGCUAGUUUCUUUCAUUUGUUUGACUGGUUGAGAGAUAUGUGACAUGGUUAUGGCUGUGUUUAGCGCCUACACUGGCGAAAUGUGUAAUUAGCAUGUUUCAAGUGAAAUCGAAUCAAUGCCCAAUAAACGUCUCAAUCAUG